AUGGUGACCAAACCUAGCGUAAGCCAAAGCAAGAACAGCAGCCAUAAUCAGGAAAGUAAGCAAUCUAAUAAAAUACGAAAAUCCAACAAAUGGAAUGACCCUAAAGGAAAGAGAAAAUGUCCCUUUUAUAAGAAAAUCACUGGUACAACAUUUUGCGUUGAUGCGUUUAGCUAUGGUCCAAUCUCUGGCAUAACUGCCUACUUUUUAAGUCAUUUUCAUUCGGAUCACUACUAUGGGCUAAACAAAACUUUUAAUGCUAAGCUUUAUUGCAACAAGAUAACCGCCAAUUUGGUCAGUAGAAUGUUACAUGUCGAAAAGCAAUACAUCACAAUUUUACCAAUGCAUCAAUCAGUUGUAGUGGAUGACGUCGAAGUUACGCUGUUAGACGCUAACCAUUGUCCUGGUUCUGCCAUGUUUGUCUUCAGACUACGUAAUGGCUCUGUUCACUUACACACAGGAGAUUUUCGAGCCUCAGAAGAAAUGGAAAAAUUGGAUAUACUAAAAAAUAGUGUAAUAUCCGAACUGUAUUUAGAUACCACAUACUGUGAUCCGAGCUACGAUUUCCCAUCGCAAAAAUUUGUGCUAGACUAUGUAUUGGCAACCGUCACCGACGCAUUAAAAUGUAACAAGCGUUGUUUAGUAGCUUGUGGAACAUAUACUAUUGGUAAAGAAAAAGUUUUUCUAGCCAUUGCCAGGGCCCUGGAGUGCAAGGUAUACGCUCAAAAGAAUAAACUUGGAACGUUACAGUGUUUAGAAAUUGAGAAUUUUAAGACAUUAUUUACUUCCGAUCCACAUUCUACUUUUCUUCAUGUCUUACCAAUUUGGUCCGUUAGUGCAAAGUUUCUUAGAAAUUAUUUAGACCAAAACGCAGAUCAAUUUGACUGUGCAAUUGGAUUUAAACCUACUGGAUGGACUCAUACGAAUAAUGUUACUGCUUCUGGAAUUGUUGCCAGACAAUAUGGAUCGAUAUCCAUAUACGGUGUACCUUACAGUGAGCACAGCAGUUAUAGUGAGAUGAGACGAUUCGUACAAUUUACGAAGCCCCGAAAAAUUAUCCCAACGGUUAAUGUUGGUUCGCCUGAGAAAAGACGUGAAAUGAAUAUGAUCUUUCAGCAAUGGCGGUCUUGA